AUGUUAAUUUUAAAUAGUAGAUCAAAUUUGAUAUGGUUUUUCAUAGUCAUUUUGAUUUUAAGUGAUGAUGGUGGUGGUGGUAGUGGUAGUGGUAAUGGAGUAAAAGAUUUGAGAUCGAUAUCGAUGUUGGUCGAUGCAAUGAUAUACACUGAUCAGAAAAUAUCGUUUUCAAAUCAAUACUAUAUGGUUACUUCAUUUGGUUUCGUGGCAGGUGGAAACUUACAACUCAACGCCACAAUAGAUUUACCCAAUGAUUUUAUAGAUACAUCAAAACAACAACAAGAUAAAGAUUCAACAGCUAUUUCACCAAUGUCAGAUGGUAUUGGUAUAGUAAAUAAGGGUGGUUUUAGUAAGUUCUAUUUCGACUUUUUGACAUUGUGGAUCUGUGAGGACAACGACUAUCAGAGUCUGAUAGGUAGUUCGCCAAACAAUGAGAUCGAAACGAAGCUGUGUAACAGUCCAACCGAUGGAGUGUGUCCGGUGCGCAAUGUCAGCGUCACCCAAAACUUUACAUUCAGUCAUACCUUUGAAAAGGCAGAUCUCUACAGAAUCAUAUUGCUGAAAUGCAACGGAUCCUCCACAGUGGAGCUAACACUCGACUACACAAUGAUGAACAAUGGACAUCAUCUCUCACUCGGCUACAUACAAAUGCCAAGUGUCUACAUGUCGAUGGUCAUCGUCAUCGUAAUACUCAUUUCAAUUUACAUACUCUAUCUCGCAAGAUAUAAGCGAUUUGUAAAUGAAAUACAUAUAAUCAUUUCUUCUACAACGAUGUCUACUACUUCCUCAGUCUGA